CACAACAAGCGUUUGAGUGCCAAUAUCCAAAAUGGAAUAAUUAAUCCCUCACCGAAUUUGUCCACAUCUUCUCGCUUCCAUAGGCCACACCACAAUGGACACAUUGUGAAAUCCCUGGGUCCUCUCCCCGCGCAAUGGUAGAACAGAGGCGUUAAACGAAUUGUUCAAGAUGGAUUGAGCUUCUAGAUUCCUGCCCGUUGAGGCACACUUGCAGUCAAGAUGUACUGCACCAAGGUUCACCACAACGCGGAAACCUUUAAAUCUUCACUCCCUUUGGGCACCCAUCUCCCUAAUUAGUGUAAAACCCUCGUCCUGCCACCUCCCUCCCGCAGAAACUCAACGGAACACAAAACUACAAGCACCCCUUCCUCCCGUACGAAGUUCUUUUUGAACGACUAUGCAGCAUGAAUUCAACUACUCAACACCAUUUGUCUCGCGCUCUCCUCGCGCGGCUCCCCCCUGAGCUUUGCAACGAGAUCUACGCCCAUGCCACCAAUGACAACAAUCCGUCAACGUCCUUCGCAUUACCCUUUAAAUCCAAGACCUUUGACUUCCCGCGCAUCUCCAAGACCAUUGUCAGCCUCAAGCAUCAUGGAAACAACGGCCUCCUCGCUCUCCACAAAUACCACUUCACCGAAGCCCGAGAAUAUUACUCCUGGGUCAUGAACCACGGCGUCACGCUCCAAAUCACUAUUAAGUUCACCGGCAAUCUCCUACGCUUCAAUAUGGGAGACUGGACGAAGAAGAUGAGCAAGCAUAUGGAGAAAUUGAUCAAGUGCUAUCCAUUUAUCCCAAUAAUUGCUAAUUGGGAUGUCGAGAUCUUGUGGCACCCGGAAGAGAAGGGCUUCUGUGAGGCGAGGAAUGGCGUUACAGCUAGCGUCGUGAAUAGCAUGCUUGACUGCUUGUUUAGCUUCCACGACCAGAAAGUAGGAGUUAGGAAAGGUGUUCUUGGUGUGGUACUUCGGAUUAAUAAUACUGUGGCGGUGUCGUAUAUGCAGUACGUCAAGAAGUUUGGUUUGGCGUCCUUCUUGAGGUUAUCUGGCUUGGCGGCGGUGGAGAGGAGGAUGGUGGUUGUUGCGGGAAAGGAGGUAGUGAGGGUGGUGGGAAGGGGCGGGGAAGGAGGUUUGGAGGUGCUGAUCGAUGAACCGGAGACAAGUGCUAACUUAUGGGAUGAAAUGGUGCUGGCAUUGUUGACAGAGUGCAAGUGA